UACACCUACCUUACCAAAUUGUGUUCAGUGGUUAUACUAAUUCCAAAAGGGUGCUUUAAAUUUCUGAGCGUACACAGAACUGAGCAGAGCAAAGGAAACCAAUCCCUCCAGUGUAUGAAUGAUUCCUUUUCUUCAGCCACUCAAAGGUGUGCUUAUUGCAACAUGAAGAGCCUCGUUAUUUUUCUUUGCUUUUUUGGCAUAUUCCACAGGGCCAAGUGUUUGGAUGGAAAAUAUAGAACAGUUCCAGAUGUUCAAAGAGUUUUGAGAUCCAAGUUGUCAAGCCUCAAGCCCUCUUUUCUAAAUGCUCCUCGUGCACCUUAUCCUUCAGUGUUUGUGAUUCGGCCCAGGAAAGCAUCCCCUCCACGUGGAGUGACCAAACCACCUAGUGGGAGUUCAGUACCUUCUGCACCAGCAGCCUCCCAGCCUUCUUCCUCCAGACCACUUUUUAUCAUCCCGUCUGUGGCUUCUCCCUCUUUCCCAUCCCAAACUGGGACAGAGAAGCCUCAGGUCCCUCAAGCACCAGUACAGCCUGUGGUCAGCACUUCUCUUCCAGCACCUGCUGCAGGACCACCAGUUUUUAUUUUCCCCCCUCCCUCCCGACCUUCAAGACGCACAUCUGCCCCUGCUCAACGCAACACCGCUACGUCAACUAUUUCUUCUCCCCCUGUUCCACCAGUAUUCAUAUUUCCCCCGCCGGCACCUGUUGUCCAUUCACAACCUGCUCUUGUCCCUUCCUAUAGUCCUGCUGAGCCACAUACAUGGGGAGUUCGUGCUCCUUCCCCAGCUCCAUCAGUCUUCAUCUUCAAACGAAAAACUAAACCACGGACUGUGACACAACCACCUGCCCCUGUACAACUACCUCCUCUGGCUCCACCACCUCCAAUCUUCCUCUUUCCUCCAGCUUCUCUGCCUCCAGCUCAGCCUGCUCCUCCCCCACCUCCUCCUGCAGAAGCUCCUGCAAAGGUUCCUCCACCACCUCCGCCACCUAUUUUUAUAUUUCCCCCGCCACCGCCUCAGCCACUGCCUCCACAACAACCACCGCCCCAGCCUCAGCCACCACUGCUGCCACCACAACAGCCACCGCCCCAGCCUUUGCCACCACCGGUGCCUCCACAACAGCCAUCACUACCAAGGCCAGAACCAAUACCAAAGCCACCAAUUGCUGUUCCAAAAGAUCCUUCACAAAGCUCUCCUUCUCUUCCAGUUUUUAUCCUUUUCCCCCCAUCCCCAGAACCUUCCCCUGCCCCGGCUCCUUCAGUUCCAGAGACCACAGAACCAUCACCAUCUCCUUCUCUUCCCGCAUCACCAAAUAUUUUUAUCUUCCCGCCUCCAGCUUCAGCUCCUGAUUUGUCAGCUUCUUCACCACCUGCACCCACUUCUGGUGAUGCGCAGGGGCCCCCUUUUCCAGCCUCUGUCAUACCAGCACCUGCACCUCCCCCACAGAUAUUCAUUUUCCCACCUCCUCCUUCUGUUCUAGAAAUCCCAGCCAGAGACCCACUUAUGCCUUCAGGAGAUCCUAUAUUUUAUGGGGGAAUACCCAUAUUUCCACCUUUUCCUGGAUUCUCUGGCACUAAACCUAUAAGCCCAACAUUGCCAGGAACAAUUCCCACAGGCCCAACACUCCCUAGCAUGUCUGUACCCACUUCUCCAUUUCUACCUGAAACUACUGGACCCACAGGUCCACCUACAGCUCCAAUAAUUCCUGAUCCUGGGAGUCCCACAGGUCCUGUAUUAAGUGGUCCUGAUCCAAUCAGUCCAAAAGUGCCCAAUGCUGGACAUGUAGACCCAGUAAUUCCUGGAAUUCCCAUUGGUCCAGCAUCCACAGGUCCAUCAACUCCCGGAGGAAUACCCACAGGCCCAAGACUUCCUGGUACUGUCCCUACAUUGCCUAGUACUGUUGGGCCCCCAGGCCCAGUACUCCCUGGAGCACCUCCCAUUGGCCCGCUAUUCCCCAGUGGAGGACCAACAGGUCCUGCAUUCUCUAGUAGGCAAGCUGGUCCUGGCACUCGAAGUGCUCCAGCUCCAUCACCUCCAAUUAUAAUAUUUUCACCUUUUUAUCCACCUCAAGAUGGUUCUGUUGAGCCUGAACUGGCACCGGCUCCUCCUGCCCCUCCAGCUCCAGCUUCUCCAAUAAUAAUAUUUUCAUCAUUUCCAUCAGCUCCUGCCCAGGCUCCUUCACCACCUGUUGUGUCUGGUUCUGCUCCUGUCUCGCUCCCUCAAGGAUCCAACCAGACACCUUCACCACUACCAUCACCACCUCCAGACAAAGGCCCUUUAACUUCUUCUGGGCAAUUACCACCCAUCUCUGCAGGCCAGGGUUCACUCCCAUCCACAGGUCCAUCCAUCCAUUUAGGGUACAAGCCAGUGAAUCCAGAAUUAGGCCCUACAGCUGUGGAUCCUGCUGAAGCCCCCUGUGAAACAAUUCCAGACCAGCCUGGAAACUUUCCUUCAUCUGAUCCUUCAAUAUGGGAAGAUAAUCUUUCCCCAGUCUUUGUGUUUCCACCUUCGAACAAUGGGCAGUCAGGUGAUCAGUCGCCCCUCUUCAUUUUUCCACCUGUUCCCAGCCCACCCAGUCCAUCACCUGCUUCAGCUCUAUAACCCCCUUCUCAGCCCAUUUUUCAUAUUCCCUCCAGCCCCCGGUUCAUCUUCUGCCUCUCCCUCUGGUGCUUCUUCAUUCUUCAGGUCAGGAAGGCCCACUUUUCAUUUUCCCCAAAGCGGCAGUAUGAGGUGAUACAGCUACAGAGACAGCCUUUGGAGGUCGUCUUGUUUUUACACCAGGAGCAUUUUCUUCUUCAGUGCCUGGUGGUGAUCCCAAUCAGCCAGGAGAACAGCCAGUGCCCACCUCUGGAAUCACAAGAAAUGGAGCAGCAGGUCCAGUUCUCAUCUACCCAGGAGCCUUCUCGCCAGUUCCCACGAACAAUUUAUCUCCAGGUCUCCUGGAAUUGACUUUUAAGAAUGAAAAAGCAAGGUCUGUCCCCAAGUUUUCCAUCAGAAAACCAACUGCCACAGUAUCUAGAAGAACAGGUGACAUGCUGAACAGAAGACCUUAUAUCUACCGAAGAACUAAGAGAAUGGUUCCAAGUCAACCUGUAUUUUAUACAAAUUAGAUAGAUGCAGACAACACAAUGGAAUUUGAAAGAAAUGCUGCUAUCAUUCAAUUUGUCUUAUAUAAGAUUACUUCCAGUGUAUUUUUAAGUUUUCUAUUUGAGACAUCUACACUAUUAAAACUGAGUUUAAUGAUAGAUAAAAUAACUGAGUUUUAGCAUUCCUUGCAGUCCACCUCUGACAAAACAUCAUGACAUGGCAGUUCGAAUGAAGUUGUGUAUCUGUUUGUGUAUUCCCAGUCUUAUGUUAAGUAAAGUAUAUUAAUGAACAAAAUGUUGCACAGCAUUUGUACAGUAUAUGAUUGGGUGUCCAAAGACACAACACUAUACUUUCAAAACUUUUAAAUUAGCAACCUGUGCAUUCAGAUUAAUUUGAAUGUUUUUUUUUGUUCAGUAUUAUCAUACAUAAUAUUAACAAAACAAAUGGUAAACUGGAACAAUUUAUACAUUACAGCAGAUAUGAUCUUCAGCAAAUACGAAAAAAGAAAGAUAAAAAGCUUUUUCCUUUCCUAAACAUUAGAAAAAUGUCUUUAGAAUUAAAUGAUUUCAUGCUUCUUUAUUACUGCAGUGUCCUUUUUUGUAAAUGAGCUAUCCAAAAGUAUAUUGAUUUUAAACUUGUAUUUGCCAAAUCAAUUUCUGAAGGUUUUUCACUUAAAUAUUUUCGAGACCUGACUAUUGUUCAUUUCCUUUAAAUGCAAAAAAUAACUCAAUAAAAUACUCAAAAAGUUAA